UUAAAAUUAAAAAAUGCCAUUCAGUAAAAGGCAAAACAAAACAGCGAUCUGUCCGAAAGCCUUCUUUCUUUAAAAAUCCUGGCAUGCAAAUAAGGGGCUUUAAUGUGGCUCCCAGCGAUUGGUAGGUACUUUCGGAAUCCGUCAUUUCCUCGCAGUGCAGGAUGCAAACGGAGUCUGCUUUCUGCUUCCCUAUUGGCUGCUUGAUUGGGCUACUUCCCUUCACCCCUCCCGGUAAUUCUUAUAAAUUACACCAAAUUGGUUAUCCGUUCCACUUCCUUCUCCUUGAAUAAGAAGCUGUAACUGCAUUUUUGGCUGUAAUGUCAGGACGCGGAAAGCAGGGAGGCAAGGCCCGCGCCAAGGCCAAGUCGCGCUCGUCCCGUGCCGGCCUGCAGUUCCCGGUGGGCCGGGUGCACCGGCUGCUGCGUAAGGGCAACUACGCCGAGCGGGUGGGGGCCGGCGCCCCGGUGUACCUGGCUGCGGUGCUGGAGUACCUGACGGCCGAGAUCCUGGAGCUGGCGGGCAACGCGGCCCGCGACAACAAAAAGACGCGCAUCAUCCCUCGCCAUUUGCAGCUGGCCGUGAGAAAUGACGAAGAGCUCAACAAGUUACUCGGGGGUGUCACCAUUGCCCAGGGCGGCGUCCUGCCCAAUAUCCAGGCGGUCUUGUUACCUAAGAAAACGGAGAGUCACAAGCCUGGCAAGAACAAGUAACUGGGAUUGAGAGCAUCCCCACUAACCCCAAAGGCUCUUUUAAGAGCCACCAACAAUGUCAAUUGAGGGGCUGGUAACGAAAUAGCGCCACUAGCUCUUUUUUUGAAAGCUUAGGUGGCUCUAAAAAGAGCCUUUGAUCUUUGGCUUGUCAGGAUUUAUUUACUUUUGGCUUUGUGGCUUUCAGUUUUCUUUGGUAAGAGAACGGCCUGGA